GCUUUAUAAUGAUAUCUAUUGUCAAGUCACUGUCGCUAACCAGUACGCCGAACCGCAACGACCAGAGAGUGCAAUCGCUCGGAAAAUCAAUCGCCGGCGAUCGAAAACGACGGCUCGCCUGACGUCUUUCUCUCUUCUCCAAGCAAACACUUUCACAUCUCUCUCUCUACCACUCAGAUAUUUAUUAAUGAUCGUCUGCUAGAGAUCACUUUCUCUCGAUAUCAUCUCAUCAUCAUCACCUUCUUCUUCCUCUUCGUCUUCGUUGUCGAAUUUGCCUCAGCUAACGUCUCGAUCUCAGCUCGGAGUAAUCAUAGCGAUCCCUGAAAAUGGUGGAUCCGGGACCGAUUACGCCGGGCCAGGUAUCUUUUCUACUUGGAGUAAUCCCAGUAUUUAUUGGUUGGAUUUACUCGGAGCUACUUGAGUACAGGAAAUCGUUGGUUCCUUUGAAACCUCACUCGGAUAAUCAUCUGGUUGAAUCGGGAGGCGUAGCAGAGAAAGACGAUGACAAAGCUGAACUAUUGGAGGGAGGUCUUUCCCGAUCGGCAUCUGUAAGAUUUCAUAAUUCAUCCAUCAGAACAAACAUAAUCAGGUUUUUGAGUAUGGAAGAUUCGUUUUUGCUGGAACACCGAGCAACCUUGAGAGCAAUGUCGGAGUUUGGGGCAAUCUUAAUAUAUUUCUAUAUCUGUGACCGCACGGAACUGCUUGGGGAUUCAACCAAGGUUUUGUUCUUAAUGUAUCACUAUUUUGCUGCUGCUGAGAUAUACAACGCAAUCCGUAUCUUUAUCGCUGCUUAUGUCUGGAUGACUGGUUUUGGAAACUUCUCGUACUACUAUAUCAGAAAGGAUUUCUCGGUUGCACGUUUUGCGCAGAUGAUGUGGAGGCUGAACUUCUUUGUAGCAUUUUGCUGUAUUGUUCUCAACAAUGACUAUAUGUUGUAUUACAUCUGUCCAAUGCACACUCUUUUCACCCUUAUGGUGUACGGAGCUCUGGGUAUCUUCAGCAAGUACAAUGAAGUUGGAUCAGUGAUGGCUUUGAAGAUAUUUUCAUGUUUCCUCGUUGUCUUUUUGUUGUGGGAAAUUCCUGGAGCUUUUGAAAUAUUCUGGAGUCCGUUAACAUUCUUGCUAGGUUACAGUGACCCUGCGAAGCCCGAUCUUAAUCGAUUACAUGAGUGGCACUUCAGAUCAGGCCUUGAUCGCUACAUAUGGAUCAUUGGAAUGAUUUAUGCUUAUUUUCAUCCAACUGUAGAGAGAUGGAUGGAGAAGCUAGAGGAUUGUGAAACGAAGAAAAGACUAUCAGUUAAGACCGCCAUAGUUACCAUUACCGUGUUUGUUGGCUACGUGUGGUAUGAAUGUAUCUACAAGCUGGACAAGACAAGUUACAACAUGUAUCACCCAUACACAUCUUGGAUCCCAAUAACUGUUUACAUUUCCCUUCGGAAUUUCACCCACCAGCUUCGUAGUGUCUCUUUGACUCUCUUUGCGUGGCUCGGCAAGAUCACUCUAGAAACUUACAUUUCCCAGUUUCAUAUAUGGCUAAGAUCAAACAUGCCUGAUGGUCAACCAAAAUGGCUUCUCUCUAUAAUUCCGGGAUACCCUAUGCUCAAUUUCAUGCUCACAACCGCUAUAUACGUCCUUGUAUCUCACCGUCUCUUUGAACUAACCAACACACUCAAGACAGUUUUCGUACCAACAAAAGACAACAAGCGGCUCUUCUCUAACUUCAUAGCUGGGAUCGCCAUCGCUCUUCCCCUCUAUUGCUUCUCAUUCGUUCUUCUUCAGAUUCAUCGCUAAGACCCGCAUAAAAAAGUGUUGUUCUUUGUGUUUCUUCAUUGGAGUCUCAUCAAAGCAAAAGCAAAAAAAAAAAGAUAAGACGAGUUAAGCUUUGUGGAUCAUAUUCUUGUGCACAUUCCUGCUUCAGAGUUUGUUCAACAAAGCCAAGACUCGAGAAUCUCAAAAACCAACUCUGCUUUGCUCUGUUGCCAUGUGAUGAUUGUUUUCAACUUUUUUUUACAUAUCUAGUUUCUUUAGAUUUGUUUUGUAAGCAUUAAGCGAACAAACCGUGUGGUCCCUCGAAAAAUGUAUAGUGAUGUUAAAAGUAUUAAUCAAAUUGCAAAGAAAAAAAAAGAAUUAUGUAUUUUGAUUCUGUAUUUGUUUUCAGUAAUAAUGGGCACAAACCACAACACUUGCUUUGCCUUUGCAAUAUACUUGUAGGUGAAACAAAAUAAACAAAUGUAAAUGUAAUGUAAAAUAAACAAAAAAUACUGUGUGGCCUUGAUAUAGUCAACGAAUAGGAAACAUCCGUCAAGUUGCAUUAGAAACAAUGGUGAAAUUGCUUUAGUCGUACAAGUCAGACCGACAGAGAGGCUAUGCCUACCUACAUUCUCUCCUCUGAUUUUCUUCUCAGACUCUCAGUCGUCGAAGUAUUUGUUCCUCUGAAAUCAGUUACCUCCUAUGGCUUCUUCUUCAUCUUCUUCUUCGUCCUCCUCUUCUCUCAAACGAUACCAUGUCUUCCCGAGCUUCAGCGGAGAAGAUAUCCGCAAAAACUUCCUCAGCCACUUUAUCAAGGAACUUGAGUGGAAGGGUAUCAUUGCUUUCAAAGACAAUGAAAUAGAGAAAAGCCAAUCCAUCUGGCCCGAGCUUGUACACGCGAUCAGGGAUUCGAGGAUCGCUGUGGUCGUCUUCUCCAGAAGCUACGCCUCUUCAAGCUGGUGCCUUAACGAGUUGCUCGAGAUCUUGAAGUGCAAGGAAGAGUUUGGUCAAAAGGUGAUACCUGUUUUCUACGGUGUGGAUCCUUCCGAUGUGAGGAAACAGACCGGAGACUUUGGAAAGGUCUUCGACAAGACUUGCAAGAAGGUGACAAAGGAAGUUAAAAAUCGAUGGCAGAAAGGGUUGACCGAUGUUGCUAAUAUCGUCGGAUAUCAUUCUCAGAACUGCGAUGGCGAAGCUACAAUGAUUGAAACAAUCGUCGAUGAUGUUUUGAGUAAAUUGAGUGUAACUCCAUCAAGGGAUUUUGAGGAUUUGGUUGGUCUCGAAGAUCAUAUCACAAAGAUGAAGUUGUUGUUGAAAUUGGAAUCCGAAGAAGCGAAGAUGGUUGGGAUCUGGGGUCCCUCCGGAAUUGGCAAGACUACAAUUGCAAGAGCUUUGUUUCGUAUACUCUGUGGUCAAUUCCAAGGUAGUGUUUUUAUAGGCAGGGCUUUCGUAGGGAAUAUUAAGGCAAACUAUAGUGAAUACAACACGGACGAGUACGGCUUAAAGUUGCGGUUACAAGAAGCAUUUCUCUCUAAACUAUUGAAUAGAGAGAGCGUGCCGGUAGAUCACUUAGGUGCAGUGAGCGAGAGGCUAAAGCACCGGAAAGUUCUUAUUUUCAUUGAUGAUUUGGAUGAUCAAGUGGUGCUGGAUGCCUUGGUGGGUCAAACUCAAUGGUUUGGAAGUGGGAGCAGAAUCGUCGUGAAUACGAAAGAUAAGCAUUUUUUAAGGGUCCAUGGGAUUGAUGAUAUUUACGAGGUCGGUCUCCCAUCUGAAGAGCUCGCUCUUGAGAUGUUAUGUAGAUCUGCUUUCAAUCAAAGCAAUCCACCAGAAGGUUUCCAAGAGCUCGCUGUUGAAGUUGCAAGAAUUUCUGGUAACCUUCCCAUUAGUCUUGCAGUUUUGGGUUCGUCUCUGCGGCUAGAGGACAAGAAGGGGUGGAUGGAUAUGAUGCCAAGGCUUCAGAAUGGUCUAGAUGGGACUACUGAGAGGAUACUGAGGGUCGGCUAUGAUAGGUUAAGUAGUCAAGAUAAAGCGAUAUUUCGCCACAUAGCAUGUCUCUUCAAUUUCGAGAAAGUUAAUGACAUCAGGCUGCUGCUCGCCCAUAGCCGCUUGGAUUUUGAUACUGGGCUUACAAACUUAGUUGACAAGUCACUUGUGCGUGUGAGAUUGGGUAUUGUGGAGAUGCACACUUUGUUACAAAAAUUGGGUAAAGAGGUCGUCCGUGAUCAGUCCCAAAAUCCUGGAAAACGAGAGUUCCUAAUGGAUUCGGCGGAUGUACGCGAUGUACUUGAAGAAAACAUUGGUACUCAAAACAUUUUGGGUAUAUCUUUAAAUAUAGAUGAGAUCGACGAUGAGUUCGUUAUCCAUGAGAGUGCCUUUGAAAAGAUGCGUAACCUCCAAUUCCUAAAGAUUUUCACGAGUAAUUACUCGCUCGAGAAGGAGGGCAGAUUGCACUUACCUGAUAGUUUUGACUAUUUGCCACCUAAACUCAGAUUAUUGUGUUGGCACGGAUAUCCCAUGAAAAGCAUGCCUUCUAAGUUCCGUCCUGACAACCUCGUCAAGUUCAAAAUGCAGAAUAGCAAACUCAAAAAGUUGUGGGAAGGCCCUCGUAAGCUUAGAUAUCUCAAGGAGAUGAACCUGUGGGGAUCUGAAAACCUAAAAGAAAUCCCAGAUCUUUCCAUGGCCACCAGUCUAGAGAAAAUCUAUGUUGCGUAUCGUUUGAGUUGGGUUCAGCUUCCUUCCCAUAUUCAAAAAUUCAAUCAUCUGACAAAGAUAUUGGAAUGCAACAACCUGGCAACUCGACCAACCGGCAUUAACCUCGAAUCUCCCAAACGCCUCAAUCUCUUGGAACGUUCACGUUUGUGUCUCGAGAACGUUGCAGACUUUUGCAUGGAAAACUUACAAAUUGAGAAACUUUGGGGAGGCAUGCAGCAGCUUAUAUCCAUGGGAACGACGCUGCCUACCUCUUUGACAGUAUUGUUUCUCUCGGAUAUUCCAAAUAUGGUGGAGCUUCCUUUCUCUAUCCACAAUCUCAACAAACUAACGGAUUUGAGGAUUACAAGAUGCAUAAAUCUUGAGAUUCUUCCAACUGGAAUCAACCUUGAAUCUCUGGAACGACUCAAUUUCAGCGGAUGCUCGCGGUUGAAGACCUUCCCUGAUAUCUCAAGAAACAUCUCAUCUCUGUAUCUAGAAGAAACAGCAAUAGAAGAGGUUCCUUGGUGGAUUGAGAAUUUCACUAAGCUCAAAUACCUAAUCAUGCAAAGAUGCAGUGAGUUGGAAUAUGUAUACAUCAACCUUUCUAAACUGAAACAUCUCGAGCUGGUCGACUUCUCACAUUGCGGUACAUUGACCGGUGCUGAUUGGAACGGCGGAUUCACAAGUGGUAUGGCGUUGGAAAGAGAGAUUACUGACACCGAGUUACAGCUCUCCAACGAAGCCUCCUCUUCUCGUCCAUAUUAUCAUGUCCCUAAAGUCCAUUUCAGUUUUGUCAACUGCUUCAACUUGGAUAAAGAAGCUCUCCUUCAACAACUCUCUUUUGAGAAACUCAUCUUGUCUGGUGAAAAGUUGCCUUUAUACUUCACUCACAGAACUAAUGGGAACUCUUUGGCCAUCUCUCUGCUUCAGACCACCAUUCCUCCGCCAUUCCUCAGGUUUAGAGCUGGUGCUGUGUUUGCUAUCAACUCCUUGUCCGCAUUUGGUGUCAACGGCGUAUGGAUCAACGUACAAUGUCGGUUCAAAGGCAGACUCGGGAACCGCCUUGGUUCCUCUUACCAGAAAGAGUACUUUUCGGUGAAUCAGAUCGGUAGUCAUCUGUUUAUGUUUGACUGUCGUAUCCCUCUAAAGGUUCAGGAUGAUCUUCCAACUGAAGUGGAUGUACGGUUUCGUUUCUCUUGUGAUGCUUCCUGCAAAAUGAAAGGAUGGGGUAUACGACUCUUUGAGAAGUGUUCAUCAUCGGAGAACCGACUUGGUAGUCCAAAUACUCUUGCACGUCUUUGUGAGGCCAAUGUGGUUGAUGAGACUGAACAGGGUGAAGAGUGUAGAGACAGAGAGAAGCAGUAGACAAAUUCGGAUUACGUGGAGGGUCACUCAAGAAACUACUGAUUUUAUCUUCCUAUAGCCCCAAGUCCACGCAUGAUGUCGCUUUGAAUCUUUGACUGUGAUUCACUUUCUUAAACAGAUGGAUAUAUGUUUUUAGGUAAUCGAAAUAUCUCAUACACCAUCUUAUUUUAGUUCCACUUCAAUUGUGAAACAGAGUAUAGGAGCAUCUAUUUAAGAACCUAGUUAAUAGGUUCUGCCAGUCUAUGUAGAUGAUCUCAUUUUCAUAAUCCAGUCACAUUAAAGUCUUUUUUUUUUGGUUUUCCCUGAAUUAUAACAAUGUUACACACUUUACAACUAAUCGGAAGAUUAGAAAUGACAUUGCAAUAUAAAAGUGCUAGAGGAAAUUAGCGAGAGUUGUUAAAUCUUCUUGACUUCUUCUUGUACCAUUGAUAAUUCCG